UGCAAAAUACUAUCUGUAUAGCAUUAUUGAAUCUUUACAGAUGCCCACAGCACAAUCUAGAGGAACUGUUUUUCCAGUUAACAGUUGUCCGGGGAACAUUUCUGAAAUUGUCUAUGCCUCCAAAAGAUUGAACUGUUCUGGAAUUGACAAGUUUGAAAACACAUAUCAUUGUCUUCCAUCGUCGGACUUAUCUCAGCUUGUGGAAUUGUGUUACCACACCAGCUUUUUGAUUGAAAAUAGAAAUUGUAUGGUUCUACAAUCUGGAUAUUUAAACAACAGAUCGUGUCUACAUUUUACUGAAGGCUGUCCCAGCAAGCACUACCAAUCCAAACUGAUGCUGGAAUUUCCAGCUUGCACAAAAAUCAACAAACAAAAAAGAUGUUAUCUAGCUGACCCUACCUGA